UUAAAAAAAAAAAAAACAAACCAUAAACGACCUAGUCUCUCUGUUUCUCUCUUUUGUAUAUAUAUAGCCAUAUAGGACUCUUCCUCUUCAGACACAAACAUAAAGUAUAGAUUUUAACAAUUUUUUUUAAAAAAACACAUAAACAAGAGAGAUUCAAACAAGAAAGAUAGAUUCGAUUCGUUUCAAGAAUCCAAAACAUGAAGUUCGGGAAAGAGUUCUCGUCUCAAAUGGUGCCAGAGUGGCAACAAGCUUACAUGGAUUACGACUUCCUCAAAAAACGUCUCAAAGAAAUCGUCAGAUUCCAACGCAGAACCAACAAUGCACAUCCUUCUCAUGGUGGUGCCAAGAACAGCGGAGGACUAAACCGGAAAAUGACUCUAUACCGUGCGUUCAGCGGUUUAGUCUCGACCCCUGGAAGACACAAACGCGGUCAUCCUCAUGAUGUCGAAGAAGGUGUACAGUUGACGGCAACAUCAUCCACGACGCCGGGACCGAUUCUUGUUAACACAACCUCGGGUCACGGCUGCGAAACAACGUUUCUGAUGGCGGCGGAGGAAGGAGGAGAGUACGAGCUAGUGUUUUUCCGGAGACUAGACGAUGAGUUCAACAAGGUUGAAAAGUUUUACAAAGAGAAAGUUGAAGAAGUUUUGAAAGAAGCUGCCAUGCUUAACAAACAAAUGGACGCUUUGAUAGCGUUUCGUGUCAAAGUUGAGAAUCCAGAUGGGUGGCGAUGGGAAGAAAGAACGGUGGAGAUAACUCGAUUAGCGUCAGAUAUAGCUACUUCCGCGGCGGCUCUCUCUGCUUCAACUCCCGCCGGAGCCAAAUCUAUGAAAAUUCGAAGUCAAGAGCACUUGGAAGUUAUACAAGAAGGAGGCUCGAGCAGAGCUGGGCUAAUGGAAGUUGAUGAAGACGAAGAAGAAGAAGAAGAAAACGAAACCUCGGUGGUUUCAUCCGGAGCAGUCAACGACGUAACUACGAGUAGAAUGAGAGCAGCGAGACCAGCUCCGCUCGAAGUUCUUGAUCGAGUCAAGAUCAACAACACAAAAGAGACGCCUCGUUCAACCAUUAAAGGAGUUCUCAAAGUACCGAAUCACACUGAGUUAAAAUUCAGCAGAGAGAAUCUGAUGAAAGUCGAAGAGAGUCUCAAACGUGCUUUCAUUGAGUUUUAUCAUAAGCUUCGCCUUCUCAAAAGCUAUAGUUUUUUGAAUGUAUUGGCGUUUUCGAAGAUAUUGAAGAAGUAUGAUAAGAUAACGUCGAGAGGUGCAACGAGGACUUACAUGAAAGUGGUUGAUAGUUCAACCUUGGGAAGCUCUGAUGAGCUAGAUCAUUUUAUACACGGCACUGUACCAAAACCGGAUUAG